UCGAUAGAAAACCGACGCCGCGCGCCGCGCUGUGACACUCGUUGGUGAGCUCCCGUGGCGGAAGGAUCGUCGCUGCUCGUCGGUGAUCUCUCGUUCUUCGCGCGCCGUCGUUCGUACGUGUUCCGAUUUUCGGAGUGCGAGGCUCGUGCACUUGCGUUUUUUUUUCGCGUUUCAUUCGGAUUUAGUAUUUGUUAAUAUUGUGAAAUAAUGCCUGAGGACGUGAGCAUGGCGGACGCCGGCGAGGUGGAGACCUUCGCCUUCCAGGCCGAGAUCGCCCAGUUGAUGAGCCUGAUCAUCAACACCUUCUACUCGAACAAGGAGAUCUUCAUCCGAGAACUGAUCUCCAACUCGUCCGACGCGUUGGACAAAAUUCGAUAUGAAUCUCUCACGGAUCCAUCCAAGCUGGAUACCUGCAAGGAAUUAUUUAUUAAGAUUGUUCCAAACAAGAACGACCGCACCCUGACGAUUCUCGAUUCUGGCAUUGGUAUGACCAAAGCCGACCUUGUAAAUAACCUGGGUACCAUUGCCAAGUCGGGUACGAAGGCGUUCAUGGAAGCUUUGCAGGCGGGCGCUGACAUCUCCAUGAUUGGACAGUUUGGUGUGGGUUUCUACUCGGCGUACCUCGUGGCCGACAAAGUCACCGUGAUCUCGAAGCACAAUGACGACGAGCAGUACCUGUGGGAGUCCUCCGCCGGCGGUUCGUUCACGGUUCGUCCCGACAAUGGUGAACCAAUUGGACGCGGCACCAAGAUCGUCCUGCACAUCAAGGAGGAUCAGACCGAGUAUCUGGAGGAGUCCAAGAUCAAAGAGAUCGUGAAGAAGCACUCUCAGUUCAUUGGCUAUCCCAUCAAGCUCGUCGUCGAGAAGGAGCGCGACAAGGAACUGAGCGAGGACGAGGAGGAGGAGCCCGCGAAGGAGGGUGCAUCCGAGGAUGAGAAACCCAAGAUCGAGGACGUUGGCGAGGAUGAGGAAGAAGAUAAGCCCAAGGACGAGAAGAAAAAGAAGAAGAAGACCAUCAAGGAGAAGUACACCGAAGACGAGGAGUUGAACAAGACGAAACCGAUUUGGACGAGAAAUCCAGACGAUAUCACGCAGGAGGAGUACGGCGAGUUCUACAAGAGCUUGACCAACGAUUGGGAAGAUCAUUUGGCUGUGAAACACUUCUCCGUGGAGGGACAGCUGGAAUUCCGAGCGCUGCUGUUCAUUCCGCGUCGCGCGCCCUUCGACCUCUUUGAGAAUAAGAAGAGGAAGAACAAUAUUAAGUUGUACGUACGUCGCGUCUUCAUCAUGGACAACUGCGAGGAUCUGAUCCCCGAAUAUCUGAACUUCAUCAAGGGUGUC